CUUACUUAUUCCACAUGCCGAAGCUGUAUUUUUUCUUCAUCUAUUUGAUGUGCAGGGUGAGGGCAGGUACAGAAGAAGGAUGUCCUGCAUUUACAGGUCUGAGUAUAAGCAGUGCUUUGACUGGCACAGACUUGAAAGUGAAACUAAUGCUGUACACAAGACAAAACCAGAACUGUGCUGAAACACUCAGUUCAGCUGGUUCCAGGUAUCUGAACGUGACCAAGAAAACUAUCCUCAUUGUGCAUGGGUACAGACCCACAGGUUCUCCCCCCAUCUGGAUACAAAAAGCAGUACAUCUCUUGCUCUCUGUGGAAGACAUCAACAUAAUCAUUGUAGAUUGGAACCGCGGGGCUACGACUCUGCUCUAUCACAGGGCUUCUAGCAAUACUAAGAAAGUUGCUGAAUUCUUGAAAACACUUAUAGACCAAAUGUUGGCCGAUGGAGCAUCGCUUGACUCUGUUUAUAUGAUAGGAAUUAGUCUUGGAGCGCAUAUCUCUGGGUUUGUGGGACAGAUGUAUAAUGGCAAACUUGGGAGAAUAACAGGUCUUGACCCAGCAGGCCCCUUAUUUAAUGGGAAACCCCCUGAGGAAAGGUUAGAUCCUACAGAUGCCCAGUUUGUUGAUGUCAUUCAUUCUGAUAUUGAUGGACUAGGCUACAGAGAAGCUUUAGGACACAUAGACUUCUAUGCCAAUGGAGGAACCGACCAGCCCGGCUGUCCACAAACAAUAUUUUCUGGAUCACAGUAUUUUAAAUGUGACCAUCAGAGGUCUGUUUUCCUGUUCCUGUCAUCCUUGAAAGAGAGGUGCAACAUCACUGCAUACCCCUGUGAUACAUACAGAGAUUACAGGAACAGCAAAUGUGCCAGCUGUGAGGCUUUCCAGCCCAUGCCAUGCCCCAUCCUGGGUUAUUAUGCUGAUAAGUGGAAAAGCUAUUUAACACUAAAGAAUCCUCCAGUGACUAAAGUGUUUUUUGAUACAUCGGACAAAGAACCAUUCUGCCUUUAUCAUUACUUGAUGGAUAUUAUUACCUGGAACAAAAAUAUUAGAAGAGGCUCCCUCAUAAUUAAACUAACAGAUCAAGAUGGGAACACAGCAGAAUCCAAAAUCAAUCAUGAAGUUGCAACUUUUCAACAAUUCAACCAAGCUAGUUUGAUAGCUGGAUUUGACCAGGAUUUUGAAAAAAUUGCAAGAAUUUCCUUGGCAUUUUCCACAGGGUCUGUAAUAGGCCCAAAGCACAAACUCAGGAUUCUUCAAAUGAGGUUAAGGUCAAUUACAUAUCCAGAAAGACCACAGCUGUGUAGAUAUGACCUUGUACUGCUGGAAAACACUGAAGUAAUCUUCAAACCUAUUCCAUGUCAAAACAUGCAAACUUGAGCCAAGGAAGACUCAGCUGUACAGCAAGUUAUAUUGACAACAGCACACAUUUCACAUAUUAUGGGGAAAUGGCAGGGGAAAAAAAGGACUCAUUUUCAAGUGUCUUCACAUCUUGUCUUCUACAGAUGUCAAACUA